AUGAAGUUUCAUUGUUACAUCCGCGACCUAUCAUUUGUUUGCAAAUUUCACAAAAGAUAUUGUUUGGACAUUAUUCAGAAAUCUUUAAGAUACAUGCACAUGCUGAUUAAGAGAAGAAUGCAUUCCAUGCGUAUGAAUUCUAGUAUCCGACCAAUUCUCAAAUUGAAGAAGGGAGAAAUUGAAUGGCUUGGAUUUCAUGCUUUUGUACAAGUGUUAAAGAGAAAGGAAUCACGUCAUAAGAAGUUGCUUGCAGUUUUGAAGUCAAAGUUGCUGUCACAUAGAAUUUCUGGGAGUGUGCCACCUGAACUGAAGUAUGCUGUUGAUGCCGAAAAUUCUUCUUUGCUGUGGAAAAUCAAGUAUUAG